AUGUAUGUAGGCGAAUUUACACGACAUGUGACUACGUUCCUAAAAGGAAACUGUGGCACUGUCUUCGUCAACACGGUAAUCAAAGAAACGCUCCGACUGCAUCCGCUUGGACCUCUCUUACCAAGAGAGGUUCAACAGCAGUGUGAGAUCGGAGGUUUCCUUAUACCGGAGAACACAUCAAUGAUCGUGAAUGUGUAUCAGAUAAUGAGGGAUCCAACUGUGUGGGAAGAACAAUUCAUGUUUGCGCCGGAGAGGUUUUUGGUUUCUCCAGAACCAGAUAAAGUAAAUAAAUGUCUUCCUUUCGGAAGUGGCAGACGUGUGGGCCCAGCUCUCGGUACCGUUAUAGUGGCAACUGCAGUAGCUGUUAUGGUGCAUAUAUUUGAUUGGAACAAUGAAGGAGGCGUCGAUAUGGAUGAGCACCUAGAAGGAGUUUAUGGAAGCAAAAGUGAUGAGUACAAGAUCAUGUCAAAGUUGAAUUAA